AUGGCUGACCCCCGUAUUGAAGAGAUCCACGACGAGGAGCCUCCCAAGGCCAACGUUGAAGAUGCCGGCAGCAGCUCUGAGUCGGAGGCUGGCGAUGAGCAGGAGCCCACCAUCCCCGGAGGUGCCGCCGUCACCAUUCACUCUCGCAACGAGAAGAAAGCCAGGAAGGCCAUCGGCAAGCUCGGCCUGAAGCACGUUCCCGGCAUCACUCGUGUUACCCUCCGCCGACCGAAGAACAUCCUCUUCGUCAUCAACCAGCCCGACGUCUACCGCUCCCCCUCCAGCAACACCUGGAUCAUCUUCGGUGAGGCUAAGAUCGAGGACCUGAACUCUCAGGCUCAGGCCUCCGCUGCCCAGCAGCUGGCUGCCGCUGAGGCUGCCGCCGGUGAGCACGCUGGCCACGACCACGAGCACGACCACGGCAAGGGUAAGGCCCCCGAGGCCGAGGCCAAGAAGGAUGAGGAAGAGGAUGAUGGAGAGGCUGUUGACGAGACUGGCCUUGAGGCCAAGGAUAUCGAACUGGUUAUGGCCCAGGCUAAUGUGUCACGCAAGAAGGCCGUCAAGGCUCUACGGGAGAACGACAAUGAUAUCGUGAACUCGAUCAUGGCCCUCAGCAUAUGA